ACAGAUACAGAAUGUACAAGUACAACACACACCACCAGAAAAAUCUAAAUUGUUCUUAUUUUUAAUUUGCAAUUGUAAUAAAUGGGAAAAGGAGGACGUUUCGUGACGGUGGCGGCGGAAGAGGUGGAGGAGCUACGGAGGAAGAACGGAGAAUUGGAGAGAGAAAUGGAGGAUAUGAAGAAAGAGAUGGUGCAGUUGUGGCGGCGGACGGUGGUGGCCGAAGAGGCGGAGGAGAGACUCUGCUCGCAGCUGGCGGAGCUGGAGGUCGAGUCUCUUGAUCAGGCGCGUGAGUAUCAAUCUCGUAUACUCUUCCUCGUGGACCAAAUCUCUCGUCUCUCUUCCUCGUCUCUUGAAGUCGUGGUUACAAACUCGUAGAUAUAUAAUAUAUAGUGAUAGAUGUAUCAUAUAUCUGUAAAAAUGGCUACGAAUCCUAAGACCAAUGCCAGUUUUUUUUUUUUUUAAUUUUGUUUAGUAGAUCCAAAACCCCUCAUGAGGAAAAGUUUAGUUUGAUAUGUAAAGAGAAGUAAACAUAAAUCAGAAAUUAAGAUAUUAAAAAUUUUCAUUUUCA